UGCUGAGCGCACCCCAGCUUCGAACAUAUGAAAAACACAAGCGGGUGGAAUUAAUAUUGAUAUAUCUCAGAAUAAUGGUCGAUCCGAACCGGAAGAUAAAUCGCCUGGCCGACAAGGACCUCAACUUCCUGGAGUCGUGCGAAAUAGAGUUCGCUGGUCGCUUCACAGACGACGAUCCGGAGUUUAUGGCGCACUGCAGCAAACCUUUGCCGGAACCGCCAAUCGUGGAGAACUGGAUGGGCGGAGGAGGUGGCGGAGGCGGAGGUGGCUUCUCGGGCGGCGGAGGAGGUGGUGGGCACCCUUACCAAAAUCGAUACAACGGCCAUCGAAGGGGUGGUGGCGACAGAGGCUGGCAGCGACGAGGAGGCGCCGGCUAUCACAAUAACCAGGACAGAGGAUUCAGGGACAACCGGCGCAACAACAGAUACGAUCCCAGAGAGCGUCGGGAUCGCUAUGAAGGAGGCAGAGAAUCCGGAUCUGGAUCUGGUGGCUAUAAGCGAUCUCAUGAUCAUAACCAACGCAAUGACCCCCCCAACAAUGAACCACCCAUGAAGGUCAGACGCGACUAUGGGAACUUUGUGCCUGCAUCCAAGGAUUAGUUAACAAAAGUAGUAAAUAAGAAUACUCUUCAUAUUACAAUCAAUUAUUCACA